AUGCAGACUCGUAAGAAGGUAUGGGGAAGGCCCCCUCUGGCCAUCAGCAUCGAGCUCAAGCCUGUCUCCCCCACGGAAUGCCCUCCUGGACAGUGGGCCACCAAUGGCUUGCCCCGGAAACACCGUCCAUGUAAGCGGAGGCCCACCGGCAUGAAACGGCACCACUCCACCAGGUCCUCUCGCUACCCCGAACACCACCUAGCCACACUCACAAAAGCCACAUUCACUACAAUGAAAGACUCUCCCCAAAGCCUCUAUGCGGAGUGUGCUGAUGGCUCCUGA